AUGGCGUCUCCCAUCCCUGCCGAGCACCACCUCCCCUCCCCUCCUCCGGCAUAUCUCCGAUCGUCGCCUCCAUUCCCCUCAGCCUCUCAGGACUCCACUCCCCGCACAAUCCCCCAGCACCCCCAAAACCGGCAGCUUCCUCGCAAACCCGUGUCAGUGCUGAUCCCGGACUCCGAGGUCACGCCCGUCAUCCAGGACUCUCCGCGCUCCCCCGUCAAAAUCGACCAUGGCGCCAACAUCCCCCCAGCAUCUACCGCCCAGAUUGAACACUUUCCCAAUGGGCCCAUCACCCCGCAGCUCGAGCUCCCUAAGGUUGCUAGCAGCGCCAGCGACGACCCAGAACCGCCGCAGCAUGCCUGGAAUCCGGCGUUCCCGCCACGGAGGGACUCGACGCAAGCUCCGCACUAUGCGCCACAGCAUCCAUAUGACCAUAACCCGGCCAGCAGUGGGUCGUGGUCGGUCGUCGAGAACUUGGUAAAAGAAGAAAGUCAAAUUCCUAAGAAGAGCGGGACUUCGCUCGAGCGAGAGGGCGUCAGCCACAAUACUUCCUCGCGCGGCAGCUUGGAAAGCGUAGCGCAGAAUUCGGAUGGCUAUGAGCCACUGACCUACCAUCACCAACAACAACAGACCACCCAGAAUGUGCGGCACUCGACAGUCGGCAUGAACCUGGCGGGCAAUCCCUCCAGCUCGACGGGCAAUCUAGUGGUGCAGCGAUCUCGACUUGCGCGCCCGCUCUCGACAUUUUCCUCGGCAUCUGAUCUGAAUGUUGCGAACCACCGGCGCAAUCUCUCUGCAUCUCCCUAUCUGCAGGCUCGAUCAUCAUCGCGGAAUUCUACCGCCUCCCCAGACAAUCGCUCGCUUUCAGUCUUGGACUUGCUCAACACAUCAUAUCCGCAGCCCGGGCCUACAGCUGCCCCCCUUGACAACUCUCACCUGAGGUCCUCCGUUGGCAACAAUGCUUCUCUCCUCAGUCACAAACAAACAUUCGAGAUGUACCUGGCAAACGUCAAGAAAACGGACGAGCCGGCUGUGCAAUACGAAUUCGCCGUGUUCAUGAUAAACGCCAUGCGCGAAAUGCCCGCAGUCGACCUGGAAGACUCGACCUCCAUCACCCGUCAACGGCUCCUCCGCGAAUCAAAAUCCAUCCUGCAACGGCUCGCAGACCGCAGCUACCCCUUUGCACAGUACUACCUCGCCGAUGGAUACGCGUCAGGACUAUUCAACAAAGGCAAAGAAGACCACGAGCGCGCAUUUCCGAACUUCCUCGCCGCCAGCAAACACGGCCAUGUGGAGGCGUCCUACCGCACCGCCCUCUGCUACGAGUUCGGCUGGGGCGUCCGCGUCGACGGCGGCCGCGCAGUCCAGUUCUACCGCCAAGCUGCAGCGAAAAACCAUCCCGGCGCCAUGCUCCGCAUGGCCAAAGCCUGUCUGGCGGGUGACAUGGGUCUCGGCAAGCGGUACCGCGACGGCAUCACGUGGAUGAAGCGUGCGACCGAGUCCUCGGACGCACAGUACAACUCCGCGCCGUACGAGCUCGGCCUGAUGCACGAAACAGGCUACGGCGACGACGUCUUCAUGGACGAGUCCUACGCCGCGCAACUGUUCACUAAAGCCGCCGAACUGGGCCAUGUCGAGGCGGCAUACCGGCUAGGCGAUGCCUACGAGCACGGCAAACUCACUUGUCCACGUGAUCCGGCGCUGAGUAUUCACUUUUACACAGCGGCGGCGCAGAGUGGGCAUCCGCUUGCUAUGAUGGCGCUGUGCGCGUGGUACCUCGUCGGUGCGGAGCCGAUCCUCGACAAAGACGAGAACGAGGCGUAUGAGUGGGCUGCGCGGGCCGCGGGUUCUGGUCUGGCAAAGGCUCAGUAUGCUGUCGGCUACUUCACUGAGAUGGGCAUCGGCUGUCACCGUGACCCGCUCGAGGCGAAUGUCUGGUACGUCAAGGCCGCAGACCAGGGUGACGAGCGGGCCAAGCAUCGCAUUGCAGCGAUCCGCGCCGCGGCCGACGGUGCGAACCCAGCCUUUGCCGCACGUGGCGGAGGCAGGUUCCGGAAGAGUGAGAGGAAGGGGCAGGACGCAGAUAAAUCGAAGCAGAAGCGCUUCGUCAUCUUCUGA